AUGCCAGCUGACCAGCAAGAGAGCACGUCUCCUCCAACCGUGACAGUAACUCUGGAACAAGUUGACAGUGGUUUAGAAAGUCCAAUAUGCAAAGAUUACACAGUGGAAGAAGCCGGAGACUUACCCCGUGAUCGCCUCUUCCCAGCAGCUGUGUUGGUGUCACCCUCACCGCCUGGCACAUGUCCCGUGUUUACGACUUUAAAUGUUACAUAUCUGGAGCUGUUCAGAAUCUUAGCCCGGCACAAGAGACAGCUUCACCAACAGCACAGGCAUGAAGAUGGACGAUUCAAACGGAACCUCAUGGAGCUGAAAGGCUUCUUUGCCGCUUGGCUCCUCGAGCGCAGUGAGACCAGGAAGGCGGCAGAGCUCCUGGUGCUUACGAUUACGUCAGAACGCAGGGAACCAGGGUUCUGCAACCUCCGCGGGACCCUAAUUGUAGGACGCGCUUCUUCCAAGCCAGGUGACUUUCAGCUGACCUUGCGAAGGAGUGAACUUCUGCAAAAGAGGCUGUUGAUCGGGGAGCCUCCCCGCGCCCAGACUCCUUCCAAGGAAAAAGCAGGAGCCGUGUCUCAGAGGCAGUCGCUUUUCGGGACAGGCCUAGCCGGUUAUACACAACAUAGCCAGAUGAUUGCUCUCAAAGCCUUCUGUGAGGAGGAGCCUGGUACCGUUUCUGUUUUGUCUGCUAUCGGUGGAGGUGUUGAACAGACUUGCAUUGAGCAAGAUAGGCUGGGUCAAGUGUUUGAAGAUGCGAUUGAAGUAUUGACACAGAAUUCAGUUGGAGAACUUCAAUAUCCACCAGAUCACAAAAAUUACAUGACUUUCGUCAACCAGUACCCUCACAUCAGAGGCAGCCCCAGUUGCUGCGGGUUUACGCACCCAGAAGAACCCACCUGUAAUUGGAGGAGUGUAAUGAAUGGUUCUGCGGACUUGUAUUCAGAAGAAAGUUUUCAUCAAUCUCUGCAGAACAUAACUGAAAGCCAACUGGUACAAGCCUCCAUCUUCCAGCAAAAGGGAGGAAAAGGCAGGAGGAAGCUCCGGCUGUUCGAAUACCUUUUCGAAUCUCUGUGCAACUCGGAGAUGGCGUCUUGCAUCCAAUGGGUAGACAAAACCAAAGGUGUCUUUCAGUUUAUCUCAAAGAACAAAGAAAAGCUGGCUGAGCUUUGGGGGAAGCGGAAAGGUAACCGAAAACCCAUGACUUACCAGAAGAUGGCCAGAGCCCUGAGAAACUAUGCCAGGACAGGGGAGAUCACGAAAAUCCGCAGGAAACUAACCUACCAGUUCAGCGAAGCUGUUCUCCAGAAACUGUCUCCAUCUUACCUCCUGGGGAGAGACAUCUUCUGCUCGCAGUAUGGCCAGUACGAUCAGGAGUAUCUCAGCUUGAACCCUUGGAAUGUAAAUUACUAUACCUACGCGGGUUACCCGAGCUAA